GACUCGUUGACGCUCCUCGAGUCCGUCCAGCAUAUCUAUCUCCGACGCAUGAUGGGGCUCAACCCUAGAGCAAUGACAACUCCGCUGUUCACGGAGACUGGCCUAUGGCCGAUACGGUACCGCCGCCUGGCAUUGGCGCUGCGGUUUGCCCUAUACAUAAUUUCCCAACGCCCUCCGGUUCCCCUAGCAGCCCUGGCCGAGGCUCGCGCUAUGGCAAUUGCAGGGGCUGAUUCAUGGCUGGGUGACCUUCAUCAUGCUCUGCAGAGCCUACCGGUUCCGGUGGAGAUGGACAAACAUGCCGCUCUGACCGCUGACUACAUCUCCAACAUGCUAGAACGCCUCCGCAUCUCCCUGGUGGAGCAUCUACGACAGGAAAUCGCGUCCUCACAACGCCUCGUCAUGCUCGCCGCCCGCGCGUCGCGUGAGCCAGUACUAGAGCGCAGAGAUUACCUGUCAAUCACGAGGCGAGAGCACCGUGCGGCCCUCAUCCGUCUGCUCGUGUCCGACCACCCGUUGGCGGUCGAACAAAUGAGGCGCCGGACUCCGCCAGUGCCUCGGGAGUGGAGAGUAUGUCGCUUCUGCGCGCGACGUGGGUCAAUUGAAGACGAGACGCAUACCCUGCUGCGUUGUCCGGGAGCGGCGCUGGUGGAACCACGGAAACGGUUCAUGGCCCAAGUGCUCUCGGUGCGCACAGAUCUACGUGUCUCGCUGGCGACCACGCCUCUCGCCUUCCUUGCGGAAGUCACGCGGGAUGCGGACGCCGUCACUCAUCUCGCGGAGUAUGUCCAUACCGUGUUUUUGCUCUGCGAAAAUGUCCCCAUGGUGGUGAUCACUUCAGAGGAACAGCUCCUCCAGCUCUCGUAG